UUUAACACCCGCCCCGGAGAGGUUCACAUUCAGCCACCACUGCGCCUAAAGAUCAGUGGCAUUGACAUUUUGUGGUAACUGAGGAAAAACAAUAACUUGUCAUACGAAAAGAUGGCAGACCCAGCAACAGACAAAGUGCUUAUAACAGAGACUGCUGAACUGUCUUCACGUUCUGUGCCUUCCUACUUUGACCCAUAUGAGAGCUCUGUAAAAUACAUGGAAAGUCAUCAAAUUCUUCAGAUCUUUCAGGAGAUUGCUGAGAACCUGGUUUUUGACAGGCCAGACGAUCCUCUUCAGUUCAUGUUAGAACAGGUACAAUUGAAGAUUCGAAACAGAGAAGAAUCCAACGGCAAACCAGAGAAAAUAGAGUAGGCUAGCAGCCUGUUCUACCAUGCACUGCAGAAGACAACUGCGUCAUUCAAUCAUGAGUAAAACGUAAUUCAUUGCUCACAGUGUCGUCUGUAUAUCUCCUGGGGGACUCCAAAUCACCAGCUAGCAUAGGCCAUUCACAGGAAUACACAUAGGCUAUGUUACACUAUAAACUGCCUCAGCAAUCUAUAGACCAAGUCUUAGUAAAAUGGCAAUGAUUGUGAAGUAGGCUAGCUAUCUUAUAGUCCAAAUUACAAUUUAGCAAGACCAGACAUACAAUCAACCUUGUGAUACAAUUUUGAUAUCUCAAAUGCAGAAGAACUUCAAUGCAACAGAAGUAUACAAAACAAAUAUACAUUUUUUAUUUAGUAUCCUAGGCAGACUGUUCAAUGCUCAGCCAGUCACCAAAUAGGCUAUUCAGAUGAGCCACUACAAUGAAGCAAUCUGGGUUUAGACGUUUUCAAGACAUUAAGUCAAAGUUUCAUAAAUUGUAUGUUAGAGCUUAUUAAAAAGCAUUAAUGACAUGAAUCAAAUCAAAAUGAUUGAUUCUCUUUUAAUCUUUUUAGAAUUAUUUUUUGUCUCUAUCUAUCUCUAUAAUUUAUUGCUAUCAUCUGGGCACCUAGCCUUUUCCCUCCCUCCCUUUCUAGCCUAUUUAAUCUCAGAAAAUAACCUAUAUGCUUAAUAUUAUAAUUUUUCCCACUUUCUUCCUCCACUUUUUCAUUUUAGAAAAACGUACUGUACUCUGCCUGUGAAGGAAUGGCCACUACAGGCCCUUGUGCUAUCUGUCUGCCACAGCUACACAUCGACCUUGAAACUCCUGAUGCGUUUCAUUUCAUUUGAGUAAGCCCCCGUGGCACCACAGUGUUGUAAAUAAUGAGACUCUGGGGAAACAAUAAUUCUUCAGAAUUUGAAUUCAAAGUAAUUCUUCAGAAUUUGAAUUCUAUUUUCUUUAAGCACAUCACUGAUAAUAGAUAGGACCAUGGUAACUAGGUCUGUUAGCCAACAUAGCAAGAGGACUGAAGAAAGUGCCAUGUUAUGUCACCAUGGAGACAGACCUGUACCAUGUGUAGUUCACAUAGUGAUAGAUCAAGCGAAGCACGCUGUCUGAUCUAUGUUUUUCAUGUUUCAAGAUGAUUCUCCAAUCAUUGUAAAGACCGCAAGCCAUGGCAGAUUGAGAAAACAGAAAAACAUUAUGCUAUGGUUAUAACGAGUGAUCAUCCAGUUAUGACAUACUGUAUGCAGUGGAUCAACUUCAAAACCAAGAACAUGGUCAUACUUUCACAUUUCAGAAUAGGCCUAGGCAUACUCAGUUGGCACUUGGCAGAACUGUUAUAAGUGAGCAGCCUACAUGAAAUUUAGCAACAAUGACAACACUUUUUGGACCAGUUUCCCAAUUUGGUGGUCCAUUACGUUUUGGUUUUGCGGAAAUACAGUCAUUAAAGUUGAGAAUCAACUGUCUGUUUCAAGGUGGUAUCUUGGGUCACUUUUGUUUGUAAUGACUCAGGAUUGUCUUGCUUUUACAAUAAACACUCAAAACUAACCAAACAGGUUUCACAAUCUCAUGUUACUUCAAUGAAAGACCAGUCGUGGGGAGCGUUCAUUCUUUAUUUGGUUGUGGAUGUGUCUCACAGGUCACUCUGUUUACUGAGAGAAGAACAUGACACCUGAUUUGGACACCAAGGACCGCUGCUUUAGGGCCUUGCUUAUCUGGGGCAAUUUGGUCAUUGCAUGCUGCGGGAUUGCCUUGAUGGCCAUGUGUAUCUUCUUCAUAUCGGAUCGAGGCGGAUUGUAUGUUUUGGUGUAUGCCACAGGAAAUGACAGCAUCUGGAGGGGAGCCUGGAUAGGCGUUUUCACUGGGUUUGCCCUUUUCUGCACAUCGAUAUUUGGAAUGCAUGCCAUAGUUGUGUCCAAAAGAAAUAUCCUACUAGCUUACAUCCUCCUGAUGGUGAUCAUAUAUGCAUUUGAGGUGGCAUCAGCUAUUACUGCUGCAACACAUAAAGACUGGUUUGUCCCCAACCUCUUCCUGAAGCAAAUGCUACAGAACUACAACAAACCACUACCAGAUAAUCUGCCCAGCACCCAGGACCAGAUCUAUGUAAUCAACGGGAUAACAGAAACAUGGAACCGGUUCAUGACUGAGUCUAAGUGCUGUGGAGUGUACGGGCCAGAGGAUUGGGUGAAGUAUGGGUCCCACUUCAGGCAGCAGAACACAGAUGCUGAUAAUCCUUGGCCCAGACAAUGCUGUCAGCAGGACGCUACGGGAGCCAUCAGCCAUUUAGAGGCCUGCAAAAUCGGGGUUAGCCCUUUCCUGCAUGCACAGGGUUGUUAUGAUUACAUUGCUGGUCCUUUGAUCAGACACGGCUUUGGAGUCUCAUGGUUUGGAUUCGCCAUAUUGUGUUGGACAUUCUUUGUGAUACUGGGAGUAAUUUUCCACUACAAUCAGUUGGAUUUCUGAGGAUGACCAACAAAGAAAGCUUCAAAUAAACUUCAGUUCAGACCUACCAGUAAAGAAGUAAUGCAAAUAUAACACUUUUUUGUUAUGAUCAACAAAUAACCUUAUUAAAAUGUAAUCAAUUGUGUCUCUAAUCAAAAUUAAGAGAACCAAUAAAUGUACUAAAUACAA